GCCACUUUCAAGAAUCAGAUCCAAACACCUACUUAUUGUUUUUUUCCCUUAGUAGCCCUAACUAUAUGUAUCCCAUUCAUCCUCUGCUCGACCUGCAAGUUCGGGGAAGUGAGUUUGUGAAUAUCGCAGAUUUGCCUCUGGGAAUCCUACGGGUAGUCUGGUUAUCUGAUGCAGUAAUCAUUUCAUCUGAAGGCUUCCUUGGAACCCGACGUUUUUUUUUAUCUUCACUAAAAAUGACGUCGUGUUGUGGUGUUUUGCCUGUCUUCCUCUCAUAUAAAUGCUCACUACUUCAAAAAUCGAACCUUCCAUCGGCCUCUCAUCUCUCUGUAAGUAAACAACACUUCCAGAUGACUUGGUUCGUUGGAAAAAGCUUGGAUUUUUUUGAAGGAAAGACUGAACCCUUUGGUGAUAACUUGAGGAAACCCCGUUUCCCCAUCCUUCCCAUCAGAGCUGCUUCUGUGAAGAGGAGGAAAGAGAUCCAAUUUGAUAAUGUGAUUGAAAGGGAAAAGAAACUGAAACUUGUUUUAAAAAUCAGGAAGCUUCUGAUGAGCCAACCCAACAGAAUCAUGGCACUCCGCGAAUUAGGUAGGUACAGGAAAGCAUUGGGCCUCGAUAAAAAAAGAAGAUUCAUUGCCCUGUUGAAAAAGUUCCCCGCUGUAUUUGAGGUAGUAGAAGAAGGUGCUUAUUCUCUGAAGUUUAAGCUAACCCCGGAGGCAGAGAGACUGUAUUUAGAGGAGAUGCAAGCUAGGAAUGCGAUGGAGGAUUUGUUGGUGAUUAAGCUUAGGAAACUACUAAUGAUGUCUCUAGAUAAGCGGAUUCUCUUGGAGAAGAUUGCACAUUUGAAGACUGAUUUUGGGCUUCCUUUAGAGUUCCGUGACACCAUUUGUGUCAGAUACCCCCAAUACUUCAAGGUGGUUCAAACCGAACGGGGCCCGGCUUUGGAGUUGACUGAUUGGGAUCCAGAGCUUGCUGUGUCCGUGGCCGAGGUUGAGGAUGAGGAGAGGCGACAACGCGAAAGGGAAGAGAGGAAUUUGAUCAUCAAUAGAUUGCCAAAGUUUGACAGGGUGAAGUUGCCCAAGGGUCUUAAUCUCUCUAAGGGGGACAUGAGAAGAAUAUGUCAGUUCAGAGAUAUGCCUUACAUUUCGCCAUACUCCAACUUCUCCAUGUACAAUUCCGGCACCCCGGAGAAAGAAAAGCAUGCAUGCAGCGUGGUGCAUGAGAUAUUGAGCCUCACGGUAGAGAAACGCACCCUCAUCGACAAUCUCACUCAUUUUCGCGAGGAGUUUCGGUUUUCUCAGCAGCUGAGAGGGAUGUUGAUCAGGCACCCCGACAUGUUCUAUGUCUCUCUGAAAGGUACUAGGGACUCCGUCUUUCUCCGCGAAGCAUAUCACAAUUCUCAAUUAAUAGAGAAGGAUAGAUUAUUGCUCAUAAAGGAAAAGAUGCGUUCUCUUGUUUCUGUUCAACGGUCUAUUAGGAGAAGCAUUGAUUAUGAUAAUGAUAAUAGUAGUAAUAAAAGUAGUAAAAAUAAAAGUAAAUGGGAUGGUGGAGAGGAGUCAGGCAUUAAAAAUUUAGUGAGUGAUGGAUUUGAUGACGAAGAUGAAAAUGAAGAUGAUAAUGAAGAUUACCCUGAUGAAGGUGAGUGGAGCGAUGACGGUGAUGAUGAUUUGCCCCCUGACUUUACUGAUGAUGAUGGUGAACUUAUAAACCCGGAAAGUGUAAAACCAGUCAGAAUGAUUUACGAACCAAAGAGGAAGGAUGAGGAGGUUCUUGCCAUACCCGUUUUCCCUGAUGGUCGGCCUAGAGAGCGUUGGUGAAAAAGAUGCAAUUACUUGUAGCCUUGUAGGAGACACCUUUAUCUGAUUUCUAGUAAUUGUUUCUCAAAUUAGACAACAUAUUGUCUAUGUCUUAUUUUUGGAUUUGAGUUUUAUGUUUGGUGUUGGAUGAGCUGAUGUAUACAAAAUAGUGAAUAUGGUGACAUCAGGUUGAUCCGUUGUUGAUUAUACUUGCUUCAGUUGCAUAUGAAUUUGAUUACCUUUUGAGGAUCUUCUGGCAUGAGUUAAGUCAGAAGAACACAGUUUGGAUUUUGUUGUUGUUUUAGAGGCAGACCUUUGUGGUGGUACCCUUUCCCGAACCCUCACCUUGCAGGGAUGCCAAUGUGCACCAGGCCGGUAUGAAGUAAAAACAUCUUUCAGCAUCCUUUUUUAGUUUUUCAAGGUUACAGGUUGUGUUGCCAAAUGUGUGCUAUCGCCAUUUUGCGCCAAAUAAUGGCACUAUCACACGCGUCUGGGUCGCGACUUUGGUUCGAUAGUCGCUGUAGCUGGUCGCCGUCGAAGUCGCUGUAGCUGGUUGCCGUCGAAGUCGCUGUAGCUGGUCGUUGUCGAAGUCGCUGUAGCUGGUCGCCGUCGCUGUAGCUGGUCGCGUCGCCGUCGAUUGUUGCUGAAAUUGGUCACCAACUCUAAUCGCACACAGAUUGCUUGCUUCGUGGUUUUAGUUCUUCGCUAUUUUAGAUUGAAGUCUGGCAGAAUAACUUAAAAGUUAAAAGCCUUUCUUUAGAACCCGUUCUUUUUUUUUUGGGGGUAAAGUUAGAACUUAGAAGCCUUCUCUGUUUCUCUUUGUUUUUCACUUCCUCUCAUUUUUUGUGGGCCAAUUGACUGGACGGUUGAACCGUUGAACCAUAUAAGUUAUUUAAUUUGAUUUGGAUUAUUUUUGGUGCUAUUUUUGGUUAUUUAAAAAUUAAAAUUUAACUCUUUAAUUGGUGGUUAAGUCAUACACAUAUAUUGUGUAUUAUGUUAUGUUUAAAUUUUUUUGAUGUUGUGUUUUACUGGUGCGCCAUUUUAGCGCCAUUUUAGCGCCAUCGCCAUCGCCGUGUGAAAUCACCCCCGCGCCAUGCCGGUCGCCGUGCGCCGUGACUACUAUGAUUAUAACAUAUUAACAUUCUGGCCAAGAAGCUAGCUUAAAUAUUGCUUCAGCUUUUAGUAUACUAUGAUUUCGUCUAUUUUAGUUUUAUAAGAAGCAUCUACAUGAAUAUAUUCAGUUGUUAGAUAUAUAUCGAUGUUGGAUUCUUGGUAUUAUGGACGUUUUAAAUUGAAGAACUUGGUCUCGUCCUGGGUGUAAACAAAAAAGUUCACUUUGGGGGUGAAAGUUAUUCAAUUUUUACUUUGAUUCGUAUGACUUCCAAUCUGUAAACUAACUUGAUGAUGUGAUAAUUUUUUAUUCCAACCUGUGAAAUAGCGAUUUUCCAUUAUUCCAAACUUUGGCUAUGAUGCACUACGUAUUACCAUAAAUUACUUGAUAAUAUAAGUAUAUAACUUGUAAAAUGAGUACUGCUAAUGGUUUAAGAGUAAUGCGAUUGCUUCUUUUCCUUUUAUCGUUUUGUUCUUUCAAGUUUCUUGAUAUUAGAAUAUAGUAAUGGAAACUAAUGAUGAAGUGGAGUUUUACUAUCCGAGUUCACUACUUCAGUUUAAAUUUUAUUCCCUUAAGUAAUAAAAAAACACUAGGAGUAUGAGUAUCUAUUGAAUUAUCUUCUGAAUUUAAACUUUGAUGUUUAUCUAUUAUAUUAGAGUUGAAAUCCUUUUUUCAACUUUGAACUCUCAUGUUUUUGGGACUACGCUUCUAGCAUAUGUCAUUCCUUCAAAUGAUAAUGGGAGUCACAUUUGAUGGUAUUGUUGCACUCGAAAAUGCUGCCAAUGAUUCACUGAAAAAAGAAAUAGUUGGUUAUUAUCUACUGGAAUAUUUCAAAGGAAUUUUGUGAAAACCGUGAAACAAUAGGAGCACAAGUGCACAAGAUUGCAGAGUUUCUUCCUCCUAUCUUUCAAACACGAAGGCUAAGAAUUAGUGUGGUUGAAUAGAUUAGACGAAACAAGCAUAUCUAUAACUUAGUGUGAAACAGUGAAAGCAAUCUUUAUCUAGGUAGUUAACUCGCUACUCGAUAGUGACUCGGUCAAGGGACGAGUAGUGAGUAGUAAAUGAAUAAAAUGAUAGAAAUCCUAAUGAUGGAGUGGCAAAAGUCAUAAACAUUCCAAGUUUUCUAGAAAAUCAAUCAUCUAAUAAUUUGGUAGGAUCUCUGUUCUCUCCCCACGGCCAUCCUACAUCAUUUGAUUUUCUCUUAAGUGUAGGUAGUAUUAGCAGAUUCAACACCAUUAAUUAGAAGCCUUAGCAGACUGAGUAGAGUUCAUGAUUGCCAAUUAGAUGAUGUGUGUCAGUAUGUAUCGAUCAAUGAUGUGCCAUAGUACACAAUCAAUAUAGUGAUAUUACUUAAAAAUUACGUAUUAUAAUAUAUAUAGUCAUACUGGUGAAAAGAAUUUCUUUAUGUCACCAUAUAUGUGCAUAUCAAUAUUAAACAAUCAAGAUGGCGAUAUUUUAAGAACACGGAAAAGAACAACUGGUAAAGAAAGACGGUAGGGGGAAAAAAGAAGAAACGAGGGAAGAUGAGAAGAUACGAGAAAGAUGAUGCGAACUAGUCGCAGCUCUAUGAGGCUAGCCGAUGUCUGGAACUCCGUUUAAUCUAGGUUUUGUAACAUAAAUUUUCAAUUUUAUCAGGGACUGAGUAAGAACAAGUAACUCGCCGAGUUGAAAACUUCACCGAGUUGAGAAACUCGCUGAGUACUUGGCGAGAAACUCGGAAAUAAAACAUGGACCGAGUUAGCUAGCUACUCGGCAAGGCCAGUACCCUAGUUGCGAGUACUUUUCAAGUAGAGAACCCAGAUCUUUAUUAAUAAUAGGGCUGUUAGAGGAUCCUUUCUUAGAAAUGAGCAUGGACAAUUCAUGGUUGGUGCAGUGUAGUCAAAAGCAAGCGCCUGGGCGCUUAAGCGCACCAGGGGCAGCACACACCAGCCCUAGUGACUGAACAACGACCAGGCGCAGCUCCCUGUGUAAGGUGCAGGUUAGGCGCAGAAGCCCUGAAAAGCGCUCGCUAUUCUCUCCUGAAUAGGAAACACAUGUUUAAGCCUAAUAUUUAAAUUUCAUACUAUUUUAAAUAAAAAGCCCAUCUUUAAGUUCGCUACUUCAACUCUCCUGCUCUGCUCUACACACGUUACCUCAGUGCUCGUUACCUCCCCCACAUCAACCGCAUAAGCUGGCAGCACUCAACGAUCAAUGACAGUAAGUUUUCUUCUCUUUCAUUGUUCCAUUUUCUUUGUUUUUAUCUAUUUUCAGCAUCUUUUUGUCUUAUAAACUCUAUACAAGUCAAACACAUAUAUGUAAACUACCAGUAUAGUAGUCUAUCAUGUGCAGUUCUCUUCAUUGUUCCAUUUUCUUUCUUCUUUUUUUCAGCAUCUGCUUCUUCUUAUAUACUCUAUACAAUCCAAACAUUUAUAUCUAUACUGCUAGUUUAUCAUGUGUAACUCUCGUCUUCAUCUACUAGUUUAUAUCUAUACCCUUUGGAUUCAUGAUAAGCUGAUCGUCUUUGGUGUAGUGAAGUACGAUUUGUACAUCAACACAGCUCUGAUAGAAAUGUAUGCUAAAUGUGGAGACCUUCGAACGGUUCAACGGGUUUUUGAGAGAAUUGCCGAGAAAAGUAUAAUCUCAUGGAGUGCGAUGAUAGGCGGUUAUGGCAUGCACGGUCAUAUCAAUGCCACAAUAUCACUCUUUACUCAAAUGGUAGAUUCUGGAAUAAGGCCAAAUGAUGUCAUUUUCAUGAGUAUCCUCUCUGCUUGUAGUCACACUGGGUAUUUGAAUGAAGGGAAAUAUUAUUUUAAGGCCAUGUUUGGUUUGCUAUUGAGCCAAAAACCAAUUGCAUGCCUAGUGAUUCUUCUUAGUCGGGCAGGCGAUAUAGGAGCAUAUGAGAUUAUCAAAUCAAUGCCAUCCCUUGUAGAUGCUAGCAUCUGGGGUUCACUUAUAAAUGGGUGUAGAAUCCGCCACAAAACUGAUAUUAUCAGAAGCAGUCAGGAGAACCUUUUGAAUGUACAGACUGUGGAUAGUGGAUACGUUGUUAAGCAAUGUAUUUGCAGAGAGGGGAGUGGAGGGAAUGCAAGAGUGUUAGGUAAAAAAUGCAUAGCGUUGGUCAUAGGAAGAUCCAUGGGUACAGUAUGAUUGAGACGGAUAAGAAUGUUUUUCCAUCCACUGGGUGAUCGGGACUUGCUACAGGUAAAAGGAACUGCGUAGUGAAUCGUGGUGCUUUUGGUGAAAGGAUUUCGCAUAAUGGUUCAAGAGACAUAUAUAAGCACUUCAGCAACAUCAGGAUACUGUGGUUCAAGGAGGUAUUUUCGACAUUUUAAUGAAGGCCUGGGGCCCGACUUUGUUUGGUGUGGGAAGUCAAUGUGGUUGGCAUUACUCACAUAGAAAAAGAAUAUUUAAUGUUAGACAUUGAUAUUUCACAAGGAUGGUAUUGGUGAGUUGAAGCGGGAUGGCUGUUCAACGGGAUGGUCAGAUUCUGCUAGCAUUGAGCGCAGCAAGAGGCACAAUGAGAACAUAUUGGUGCUUUUUUUCCAACAGGAUUUGGCAAUUCGAGUUCAGGUUUAAAUAGAUGAAGUGAUAAUAAAAGCUCAAGAUUUAAUACGGGUUACUUUCCUGUAAGAUCAUCUUCGUGUGGUAUAUAAUUUUGAAAACAUUGUUGUUGCAACAAGUAAAUCGCAGCUUAUAUCCCUUAAAUUUUUGUCUUUCUAUGGCCAGUUCCUAUUUCAUAAAUGAGAAGUAAAUAUGUCCACAUUUUUUUUUCUCGAUGAUCUGAUUUGAAUAUUUCUAUUCUGAUUGAGUGUUCAUCAUCAUCAUAAUCAUUAUAAUU